CCGCAUUAAAAUGUACCGGUUAACCGUUGACCAGUUAACUGAUCAAAUAGCUAACCGGCCAAAUAAUGCAAGCGGAUAAGAGCCAAAACUUUGGCUGACAUGUACUGUUCACUCCUUAUUAUGAGUGAAAUUUCAUCCACGUACAAGCUCUCAAGAAGGAAAAAUAAUGAAGUGCAAAUGCAUUUCAUUGAUUGGAGUGGAGGGACCUACGAAGCAACUAAAAUCAGAAUCAACUUCUUCGCUCCAGUCGACCAUCACCGAGAACAGCAACAACAAGAUAGCAACGAAGAAAAGAAAUACAACAGAACAGGAGUGGCACUAUUCACACAAAGAAAUUGAGAACCUGGCAAUUGCAUAUGAUGAAGACCGAAGUAAUAUCAUAGCAAAAUAAUUACUUGUCAACAUCUUCAUUUCAGAAUUUUUAUGCUUUAGCCCCUUUUCCUACUACUAUAUAAAGGGUCAUCCAAGAGCUGCAAGACACACCAAUUCGGAGAGAAAUCUUCUUCCUCUUUUCUUUAGCUUUGUUCAUAGUAGUAGUCAUAUAAUAAAAGUGAUUCUGUCAAGAACACUUUCUGUAAAUUUCAGUUCGUAAUUUUCAUUUCCAGAAUUUUAGUUCUUUAAUUUCAACAAUCAAGUUCAUUUGGGAAGUAUCAGCCAGAAUCAUUCUCAGCUUAAGGAUUUUACUUUCUCUAUUCCAUCUCAUUAUUUAUGCCAUCAGGUUCUUAUUCAAAUACUCAUUUUAUUUUCUUUAAUCUGUUAAAUUAAUUAUGCCUAUCAUUAGUUUUACUUUUAUUUCGUUUACUGUAAUUAUGUGUAACUAAAUUAGUUAGGUUUGGGCAAGAUGUAAUUUUUAUUAUUAAUGUUCAUACGAUAAUAAUUGGUUAAAACUAUUACUUGGUUAAUUUUAGGAGUGUUGGGUUGAAUAUUCUAAUCUGCUAAAUACAUUAUAUUGGGAAAUGAAUAUUAUCACGGGAGUGAAAUUUCGUUAAAAUCCAUUUUGUUAAUUCACCCACUAAAUUGCUACACGGAAGUGUUAAGGAAUUUAGGAUAAUUUGAUUUUGUACUUUUUACUGUCUUAAUAAAAUUACCGCGUGAGCGGAAUUAAUUUGAGAUAGUGUGAUCAACUAAGUCGUGGGAACGAUUAGAAGAUUACCAUUUGUAAAUCUUUCACACACCUAAAAGUAACUAAGUUAAUUAGUUAAAUCUUUAUUAUUAUGAACAUCAAAAUAAAAUUACUCUUAGCCCAAGCCUAAUUUUCUCUAUAUCAUUAAUUGUUAAAUUACCAAGUAUUGUGAUUUAUUUUACUCUAGCAAUUCCGCAUUGACAAAAACGAGAUUAAAAAAAUCUGUUCACUUAGCUCCAUUGCAAAAUGUUAUUAAUUUGUGAUUAGCUAAAAAUCAAUCGUUAAUUCUAGUUCUCUUUUUGAGCCAUUCUCUAGCGGAACGAUACUCACUUACUCUAUACUAUAUCGUUACAAGCCAAUUAAAACAUCAUUUCCAUUCACAUUUUUACAUCAUUUCACACUACACAUUUUGGCAUGUCACGAUUUUUGCGUCGUUGUCGGGGAAUGGCAUAGUGUUAUUGAUUGAUUAUUAGUUAAUAUUAGUGUUUGUUAUUAUUUAUCUGGAGACUAAGUAUUUUUUUUACCUGUUCUCAUCACUUUCGUAAAAAAAAACAAAAAGAAAAUCAUUUCUCGUGCACUAAAAAAAACUCUUAAAAAGGUGUAUGCAUACUCGCUCUCAAGGGAGUGAAGGAUUGCAACCACUUAACCUUGAUUCUGAAAAAGAAUUAAGGAAAAGAAGAAAAGCACGAACCCUUGAACUUAAAAUUCCAGAUCUGAUCAUGGAGGAUUUUCAAAACAAUCCCAAUAAUCCAAAUGGCCAAAACCUAAUUCCAAAUCCAAAUCCUACGCCACCUCAAAAUACACCCGUUGAUACUCCUAGAGAUAGACAUAAUCCUUUCUUUGGAGAUCAAAGACCACCAGGAUUUGAAAAUUUCCAACAAAUUCCUCCCCAAACACAACCCCAAAUUUAUCCACCACAUCCCUACCAAAAUCACCAAAACCAACCUCCUCCUCCAUAUCCAUACACUUGCCCAUAUCCUUACCCACCUCCUCCAUUUAUGCACCCAUACCAACCUCACCCAUAUGGCCAAUACUACCAACACCCACAUAAUCAACAAGAUCAAGGGCAAUUCAUGAGAUAACAGCAAGGGAGAAGACUUCUUGAUUAUGUUGCAGGUGAAAUUGAGGAACAAGACAGUAUUCUCUAUCCAGGUGUGGAUGCAGCAAAUUUUGAGAUCAAACCAGCACUUAUCUCAUUGGUCUCAGCCAACAAAUUUGGCGGAUCAAAGAGUGAAGAUCCGACGAGCCAUGUGAAACAAUUCUUGAGAGUUCUCCAAACUCUUAAACUUAAUGGAGCCUCUGUUGAUGCUAUCAGACUCAGAUUGUUCCCAUUCUCACUGAGGGAUGAAGCAUUGAGUUGGUUGAACUCUAAACCAUCCGGUUAUUUCAACACAUGGGAGAAGUUGCAUCGAGAAUUCAUGAAGAAGUUCUAUCCUCCUUCCAAGGCAUCAAAAAUGAAGAAACUUAUCUAGCAAUUCAGGCAACAUCCAUCAGAAUCUCUUUACGAAUCAUGGAAGAGAUUUAAAGACCUUCAAGUUCAAUAUCCACAUCAUAAUAUGAGCAUGGGUGAUCUCAUUGUCUCAUUUUAUGAAGGAUUACAUGAUAAUUCCAAAAUUGUUGUGGAUGCCUCUGCUAAUGGAGCUUUCAUGGAGCUUGAUCCUGAAACAGGCAAAGAGAUGCUUGAGAAAAUUUGUAACAACAGUGCAUCAUGGUAUUUUGAAAGAUCCACUCAAAAACUAGGAGCGGGAAUUUAUGAGGUCGACCAAACAACAGUUUUAACGGCAAAGGUUGAUUCUCUCACAACCAUGGUUCAAAAGCUCACGGAGAAACAAUCAUCAUCAACUUCUAGCACAUCAACAAAUCCAUCAUCAUCUUUAGCUCAAGUUUUGUUCUGUGAACUCUGUGGAGGAGGACAUUCUUUUAAGGAAUGCAAUCUUCUUGAACUUACACAAAAUGUUCCUUCUGGCCCCACAGUAGAACAAGCUGAAGCUAUAUAUGGUAGACCUCAAGUACCAUAUCAAGGAAACUAUAACCCUCAAGGGAAGACACAUCCGGGAUUUUCAUGGAGCAACCCAUCAGGUGCAUCAAAUUCAUCUUUUCCAUCCAAACCAACACCUCCUGGAUUUCAAAAUCAACAAGGAUUCGGAGGAGGAAACCAAAACAACCAACAAUUGAGGGGAAAUCAAGGGUAUCAAAAUCCUCAAGGGUACCCACCACAACAACAAUUUUCAUCACCUCCUCAACAAUAACAACAAUUUGUUGGAGUUAAUGAUUUCCAACAGAUGAUGCAAGGUAUUACUAAUCAAUUUUCUCAACUCACCACUCAACUCAAUCAAAUUCAAGCUCACAACAAAAUGCUUGAGAGCCAGAUUGCUAGUUUUGCUUCACCAUCUACUAGCAAAGCUCAAGGCAAAUUGCCUGCCUACUCUGAACAUCCCAAGGAGAAUGUCAAUGCAAUAACUACUAGGAGUGGAAAACAACUUUCUGAUCCUCCACUUGUAGUUGAAAAAGAAAAGAUAACUGAAAAAGAGACAUCACCACCAAAGGAGAGUAACGAAGAAGGUCUCAAUUUUCCAACACAAGAGGGCACGAAAAAGGUAAUUCAACCAUAUGUUCCACCUUUACCAUUUCCUUACAGAGCAAAGAAGAACACAAUUGAUGAGAGGAGGGAUAAAUUCCUCAAAUGGAUCGGACAACUUAACACAACAAUUCCACUUCUUGAUGCUCUAAAACAUAUGCCUUCAUAUUCCAAAUUUCUGAAGGAAAUUCUGUCAAACAAAAAGAAGUUUGAAGAGAAAGCUACCGUAGCAAUGAGCGAGGGAUCCAGUGCUCUUAUUCAAAAGAAACUUCCAGAAAAAUUGAAGGAUCCAGGUAGCUUUACUAUUCCAUGCAUUAUUGGAGGGUUCGUGGUCAACAAAGCUUUGUGUGACCUUGGGGCUAGUGUUAGCCUUAUCCCUUAUUCUAUGAGCAAACGACUUAGUCUUGGUAUUCCCAAAGCUACUUCGAUGACCAUUCAGCUUGCUGACCGAUCUUUUAAGCACCCUGUUGGUAUUCUAGAAGACAUUCCUGUACAAGUUGGGAAAUAUUUCAUCCCUUGUGACUUUGUCUUCCUAGACAUGGAUGAAGAUGAGCGAGUACCUGUCAUAUUAGGAAGGCCUUUCUUGGCCACUACUGGUGCCAUCAUUGAUGUUAAAAAAGGUACGUUAAUAAUUGAAGUGGGGGAUGAAAGGGUUGAGUUCAAUAUUUUCCAAAUGGCGAGAAAUCCUUCAUGUGUGGAAGAUUGUUGGAGGGUUGAUAUAGUUGAUGAAUGUGUGAGAGACUUCAUGGGAUUCUUUCACAAUGAUCCUAUGGAAGCUUAUGCUGUGGAGGAAAUUGAAAAAAAUCAUGAGGGAGAAGAGUUAGUUGAGCGUGUAAAAAACAAAGAGAGUUGUGAAAAAAAUCAUGAGGAGGGGGGGGGGGGAAGUGGACAAACUGGAGAGAGAAGAAGUGAGGGAGACUAAUAGCACAAAAGAACCACCCAAAGUUGAGUUGAAGCCUUUACCAUCACACCUAAUAUAUGCUUACCUUGGUGAAAACUCUACUUACCCAGUGAUUAUUAGCACUAAAUUGAAUGAGGAGGAAGUAGACAAGCUAUUGGUCCUAUUGAGAAAGCACAAACAGAUCAUUGGAUACUCCAUCGAUGAUCUAAUUGGCAUCAGUGCUAACUAUUGUAUGCACAGAAUUUAUCUUGAGGAAGGAUGCAAACCAGUUGUUGAACAUCAAAGGAGACUUAAUCCUAACAUGAAGGAUGUUGUGAAGAAAGAAGUUAUCAAACUUCUUGAUGCUGGUAUCAUUUACCCUAUCUCGGACAGUAGAUGGGUAUGUCCAAUCCAUGUUGUACCAAAGAAAGGAGGUUUCACAGUUGUUCCAAAUGAGCAUAAUGAGCUCAUUCCUACUCGCUUGGUCACGGGAUGGAGAAUGUGCAUCGAUUACAGGAAGCUUAACAAAGUCACAAAUAAGGAUCAUUAUCCUUUACCUUUCAUUGAUCAGCUACUUGAGAGGAUGGCAAACCAUAGCCAUUAUUGCUUUCUCGAUGGAUUCUCAGGAUAUUUUCAAAUCAUGAUCCAUCCAGAUGAUCAAGAAAAGACUACCUUCACAUGUGCCUAUGGUACAUUUGCUUUUCGAAGAAUGUCAUUUGGCUUAUGUAAUGCACCCGGAACUUUCCAACGGUGUAUGAUGGCUAUAUUCUCUGAUCUUAUUGAAGAAAUCAUGGAGGUAUUCAUGGAUGAUUUCUCUGUCUAUGGGACCUCAUUCGACUCGUGCUUGGAUAAUCUUGAUAAAGCAUUGUCUCGUUGCCAAGAGGCAAAUCUUGUCCUAAACUGGGAGAAGUGCCAUUUCAUGGUAACAGAAGGAAUUGUUCUUGGGCAUAAGAUUUCAUCCAAAGGCAUUGAGGUAGAUCCAGCAAAGAUUGAAGUGAUCGAGAAGUUACCACCGCCAACAUCUGUUAAAGGCAUCCGAAGCUUUUUAGGGCACGCUGGAUUCUAUCGGCGAUUCAUCAAGGAUUUUGCUAAUAUUGCAAAACCACUCACAAGACUCCUAUCCAAAGAGGUUGAAUUUAUCUUUGAUGAUGCUUGUCUUAAUUCUUUUUGUAAAAUUAAGAAAGCAUUAUGUUCUGCACCUGUCAUUCAACCACCAGAUUGGAGCAUGCCUUUCAUCCUAAUGUGUGACGCCAGUGAUUAUGCUGUAGGAGCCAUGUUGGGACAGAAACAAGGUCGUUGCAUACAUGCAAUUUAUUAUGCAUGUCAUACUCUCGAUGAUGCUCAACAAAACUAUGCCACAACAGAAAAAGAGCUACUCGCAGUUGUCUUUGCCAUAGAGAAGUUCAGGUCAUAUCUUGUUGGAAGCAAAGUGAUAGUUUACACUGAUCACUCAACUCUAAGUACCUGUUUGCAAAGAAGGAGGCCAAGCCACGACUUAUUAGAUGGGUGUUGCUACUGCAAGAGUUUGACAUCGAGAUCCUUGACAAAAAGGGGUCUGAAAAUGUCAUCGCUAAUCACCUGUCCAGAAUUGAGUCACACACAGAAAAAAAAGCGACCAAAGAAUUACCCAUUGAUGAUUCAUUCACGGGAGAAUAUUUGCUCUCUGUCAAGCACUUUUCUCCUUGGUAUGCUGAUUGGGUUAAUUACCUGGUCAGUGGUUAUAUUCCUUCCAAAUUCUCGUGGUCCCAAAAGAAAAAGUUCUUACAUGAUGCUCGCUCUUAUUUUUGGGAUGAACCACUAUUGUUCAAGAGAUGUGCUGAUGGAAUUGUUCGAAGAUGCAUUCCAGAAGAUGAGUUUGAGGCUAUCCUUUAUCAUUGUCAUUCAUCACCAUAUGGUGGUCAUUUCGGAUCCACAAGGACGUCAGCUAAAGUCCUACAGUCAGGUUUCUAUUGGCCUACAUUGUUCAAAGAUUCUCAAAUGUACGUGAAAAGAUGUGAUCGAUGCCAACGCACAGGAUCUAUUGGUCGCCGAAAUGAAAUGCCACAAUCCGGAAUACUUGAAGUUGAACUCUUUGAUGUAUGGGGAAUGGACUUUAUGGGACCAUUUCCUAGCUCAUGUGGCAAUUCUUACAUUCUUGUGGCUGUGGACUAUGUUUCAAAAUGGAUUGAAGCGAUUGCUAGUCCAACAAAUGAUUCCAAGGUUGUGAUCCGCUUUGUGAAGAAAUUUAUUUUCUCAAGGUUUGGAGUUCCGAGGGCCUUCAUCACAGAUAAUGGUACACACUUCGGCAAUAAGCAACUUGAGAAACUUUUGCUCAAGUAUGGUGUUAAUCACAAAGUGUCUACUCCGUACCAUGCACAAACUAGUGGCCAAGUUGAACUCUCAAAUAGGGAAAUCAAAUCAGUCCUUGAGAAAGUUGUCAAUCCCACAAGGAAAGAUUGGUCCCUCCGACUUGAUGAUGCUUUAUGGGCCUAUCGUACUCCAUAUAAGACUCCUAUUGGCACAUCACCGUUCAAAUUGGUGUAUGGGAAGUCUUGUCACUUACCAGUGGAGAUUGAACAUAAAGCAUAUUGGGCUAUCCAAAGCCUAAACCUUGACUCCACUCUGGCGGGGCAAAAGAGGUUGUUACAACUGAAUGAACUUGAAGAAUUCAGAAUUGAUGCCUUUGAGAAUGCCCGACUCUACAAGGAAAGAGCAAAGAAAUGGCACGAUGGGAGAAUCCUUAGGAAAGACUUUUCCCCUGGAGAUAGUGUGCUACUAUUCAACACAAGGCUAAAACUCUUUCCAGGAAAGCUGAAAUCAAAAUGGUCUGGACCUUUCAAAGUUAUCAAAGCCUAUCCAUCCGGGGCAAUCAUUCUGGAGGGAAAUGAUGGGAGGCAAUUUACUGUCAAUGGCCAAAGAGUUAAGCAAUAUCAUGAAGGAGAUGACACAAAGGAGAAACUCACUGUUGAUCUGGACAAUCCUCCUUACGAGUAAAACACUCAGGUAAUGUCGGGCACACGACGUUAAAAAUAGCGCUUCUUGGGAGGCAACCCAAGUUUAUUUCCUAGCAUUUGUAUGUGUGUUUUGUUUGUGUGUUUGCAUUGCAUGAAUUUUUUUCCCCACCCAUUUACUCACCCGCCCUGUAUAUAUUUGUCACAUCGAGGACGAUGUUUCAUCCUAAGUGUGGGGGGAGAAUACGCAUGUUUGUUUGUUUGCUUGUGAAUUGCCUUAUCAUGUGUUUAACUUUCGAAUAAUGCAUUCUAUUCUUUCACAUGGUAUGUGGAUUGUUGGCGGGACUUGUCUCUUAAUAAUUGGAUUGAGAAUCAUAAUUUUUGAGCAUUGAGUAAAAUUUUUUGUCAAAUUUUAAACUUUGUACAGACACAAAACAUCUCAUGCACAUAAAUGGUUAUCUAGUGAAAUUGUUGUUCAAUAUGUUUUAGAUUGUGCAAAACAAGCGUGCUAUGUGCUUUUAUUUUCCUUGACAUGAUUUUCUAACUUAGCACAUUAGGAAAUGAUAUAGGCCAUUUUUCAAAAACCCAUAUACCUAGCCUUACCCAUGUGAUAAAUAUCCUUGUUCACCCCUUUGAGCCAUUUAUUUUAAUAAGCGUUAUACGCUUAACCCUAUUUUUGUUAUUUUCUUUCAUGAAAACCUGUUAUAUGUGACCCUUAGCCUAAAAGCCAAUCACUAUCCAUCCACCCUAAAAUGAACUUGAUUAAAUUUUAAUGAGUUUAGAGAGUGUCAUUCACCUUAAGGGAGCUUCAUUUACACUUUUGUGAUUACUUAGUUGUUAAUAUUCAUUUACAGGGGUAGUUGUUCUUGUUGUAUCAUCAUUGUACAUAUUAUUCUUGUAAAUUCUUACUCUUAGAAGCAUGAAAUAAGCCUUGAAAAAAAAUCAAAAAAAAAAUUGAAAAAGAAAAAAAAAAGAAAAAAAGAAAAUAUAAAAAACAUGAUAAAAAGAAGAAGAAAAAAGUGAACAAGGCUAAAUGUCAAUGUAUAUGCUUCUCUCUUUUGUAUAUUUUUCUUGUACAUUAAAUUACUCUUUUUACUACCCCUAACUGUUGAAAAUAACAAGUGUUAUAUAGAUUAUUGCCAAAAGCUCCUACACACUACUUAGUACCUCUUUAAAUUUGUUAAAUUUAUGUCAAGUUCAUUUCUUUUGUUUCCUCAUUAACUCCCUUUGUUCAUAAGCCUUUUCCCACAGACCCCAUUAUAACCCAAUGUAAAAAGUCCUAAUUGAUUCUAAUUUUGUUUUGUCUGAAAUAAGUUGAUAGGAAAAUCUUAUUUUGCAUAAAUUUUGCAUGGUUGAACAAACGAAGCUAGAUAUCAUUUGCGCACCACACACUUUGUGCUUGUUAGAGUUGAGAUUUGACCAAAACGUUUCAGAUGAUAUGCAAAAUAUUUUUAUGAUUCUCACUACUCUUAUUUUGAGACAAGUCAAGGAAAUUUGAUUGAUCAGGUGGAGUGAAAGGAAAGUGUGCAUGUUUUGAGAAUUAUACAUAUGAUUUGGCAAUUCAUUUUUGUUUGCUUGUUUGUGUGAAUGUAAAUAUUUUUGCUUGAGGACAAGCAAAAUCUUAAGUAUGGGGGAGUUGAUGUACUCCUAAUUUACCAUAUUUAUGAUCUUUUUUUGUCACACUUUUAAUAUUUUAUUUCUCAUUUUAAAAUAAAAGGAUGAUUUUUAUCAUCUUGGACAUUUUAAGGUAUUGCACUUGUUUUGGUAUAUUUUUUAAUUUCAGGACAAUUUGGGGCGUAAAUUAAUUUCUGAAAAAAAUAAAUAUUACUCCCGAGUGAAGACGGAAAAAUAAUCAAAGUGAAGCGGAUCCUUACUUUAACUCUGUAAUAUUUUAUCAAGAAACCCAAAAUAUACUUCAGAAUAAAUCAGACUGUCCGCAUUAAAAUGUACCGGUUAACCGUUGACCAGUUAACUGAUCAAAUAGCUAACCGGCCAAAUAAUGCAAGCGGAUAAGAGCCAAAACUUUGGCUGACAUGUACUGUUCACUCCUUAUUAUGAGUGAAAUUUCAUCCACGUACAAGCUCUCAAGAAGGAAAAAUAAUGAAGUGCAAAUGCAUUUCAUUGAUUGGAGUGGAGGGACCUACGAAGCAACUAAAAUCAGAAUCAACUUCUUCGCUCCAGUCGACCAUCACCGAGAACAGCAGCAACAAGAUAGCAACGAAGAAAAGAAAUACAACAGAACAGGAGUGGCACUAUUCACACAAAGAAAUUGAGAACCUCGCAAUCGCAUCUGAUGAAGACAAGAGUAAUAUCAUAGCAAAAUAAUUACUUAUCAACAUCUUCAUUUCAGAAUUUUUAUGCUUUAGCCCCUUUUCCUACUACUAUAUAAAGGGUCAUCCAAGAGCUACAAGACACACCAAUUCGGAGAGAAAUCUUCUUCCUCUUUUCUUUAGUUUUGUUCAUAGUAGUAGUCAUAUAAUAAAAGUGAUUAUGUCAAGAACACUUUCUGUAAAUUUCAGUUCGUAAUUUUCAUUUCCAGAAUUUUAGUUCUUUAAUUUCAACAAUCAAGUUCAUUUGGGAAGUAUCAGCCAGAAUCAUUCUCAGCUUAAGGAUUUUACUUUCUCUAUUUCAUCUCAUUAUUUAUGCCAUCAGGUUCUUAUUCAAAUACUCAUUUUAUUUUCUUUAAUCUGUUAAAUUAAUUAUGCCUAUCAUUAGUUUUACUUUUAUUUCGUUUACCGUAAUUAUGUGUAACUAAAUUAGUUAGGUUUGGGCAAGAUGUAAUUUUUAUUGUUAAUGUUCAUACGAUAAUAAUUGGUUAAAACUAUUACUUGGUUAAUUUUAGGAGUGUUGGGUUGAAUAUUCUAAUCUGCUAAAUACAUUAUAUUGGGAAAUGAAUAUUAUCACGGAUUCACGGAAGUGAAAUUUCGUUAAAAUCCAUUUUGUUAAUUCACCCACUAAAUUGCUACACGGAAGUGUUAAGGAAUUUAGGAUAAUUUGAUUUUGUACUUUUUACUGUCUUAAUAAAAUUACCGCGGGAGCGGAAUUAAUUUGAGAUAGUGAAAUCAACUAAGUCGUGGGAACGAUUAGAAGAUUACCAUUUGUAAAUCUUUCACACACCUAAAAGUAACUAAGUUAAUUAGUUAAAUCUUUAUUAUUAUGAACAUCAAAAUAAAAUUACUCUUAGCCCAAGCAUAAUUUUCUCUAUAUCAUUAAUUGUUAAAUUACCAAGUAUUGUGAUUUAUUUUACUCUAGCAAUUCCGCAUUGACAAAAACGAGAUAAAAAAAAUCUGUUCACUUAGCUCCAUUGCAAAAUGUUAUUAAUUUGUGAUUAGCUAAAAAUCAAUUGUUAAUUCUAGUUCUCUUUUUGAGUCAUUCUCUAGCGGAACGAUACUCACUUACUCUAUACUAUAUCGUUACAAGCCAAUUAAAACAUCAUUUUCAUUCACAUUUUUACAUCAUUUCACACUACACAUUUUGGCAUGUCAAAUAUGAAUAGUGAUAGAGUAUAUAGACUCGGACCCCCGGGUCUCACGACUAUUGGGCCCGGACAGCGGCCCCCACACAUCUUACGGAUAUCAUUUGUAUUAUUGUACUGCUUAUAUGUCAUUUGUAUACUAGAUUAGUCUUUUAUGUAGUUGGGCUACCGGGCCCAUAUUGGCGGCCCGGCCCGUUAUUCCUCUAUUUAUACUCUUUUUGGAGCUUGUAAACCCCAGAUCUAAAUUCAUUAUCAUUCUAUUAUUCAUCUUCUCCACAAUACUUGAGCUCAAAUCUCUACAUUUUAUACAUACUUGGAUCCCUACAAUCCAUCAAUGGUGCUUUCAUUGAGAGAUUAGAGCAAAAUCAAGUGAGAAAUCCUCCCAAAACAUACAAAAAAUUCAUCCAAAUCACAAAAAAUCAACCAAAAAUUGUUCUGAAAAAUAAAAAAGGAAUGAAGAAACUGGAAUUUGGGGUCUGGGAGAUUUCCCAGAGCUAAGCAGGAGACGUCCUCGCCGUUCCCGUUGCCGCCACCCGCCAUGGCCGGAGAAACUCCCCACCAGUUCCCAGGUCUAAGCCAAAGCUGUCUCGCGCCACCCGCUGCAGCUCACUGCACUUGACACCCGCUGGCGUCGUAUCUGGUCGUCUUCGAGGCCCGACGGUUGGAGCCUGAACCGGACUGGAGAAUGGACCUUCAAUAUCCACCAUUAAUGGCCCCUAAGAGCUCCAGUAAUAAACAGGUUGGAACUCCCCUGCUGACCCGAACUCGAUGACCCAACUCGAAAGGUGUAUCAGACGUCGCCGGAGCUGAAGAAGAUUCGUCGGCGCUACCGGAACUCCAGUGAGCCUACUCCCGGUCAAAUCAUGCUACCUUCGGGUCCACUUUGGUCUAAGCCUGGAGCUGAGGAAUGCACCAGCCUCCGCCUGAGGAAUACUCAGUAGCUGGACGAUUUACAGUAGUGGCAUGAUUGAGCACUUGGUCUUAGCCAAUGAAGGCUUCCCACUUGCCAAACUAAGGGGGAAAGCUGUUGCAGCGGAUUAUAAUGGGCUAGGUCAAAAAGAUGGGUCGGUUGUUCAAUAAGGAAUAAAAGAUCUACACAGGCCCAUUACUUCAGCCCUAUUCCAAUAAGAGCUAAGUGCCUAAUACUCCUAUUUAUACACUUAAAAUAUUUAUUAAGGUAUAGUAGUAUUAUUAAUUAUAUUAUUUCCACCACCAUUAUGGCGGGUUAAAAACCCCCGAGGUGGUGAAGACCUUUAUGAGGAAUUAAAAUUUCCCGAGGUCGCUAAUGAAAAUUUAUUAUUGGCGUUAUUAUUUUUAUCAAUGCCAUUAGACCGGGUCAAAAAAACCCAAAGUGGUGAACCCGAGCUCUAGUCUACCGAACAUCUUUAUUUGAUGAUUCGGAUUAUAUUUAGGUCCAUCGACCUACCCUAGUCACCUUUAUUUGAUGACUCGGGCAUCUAAAAAUGAGAGCCGCUACCGGCCGCACAUGGAAUUAUGCCCGAGAGCGGUAGACGGUACACCUCGUUCUCCGAGACGCUAAUCACGUCGCCCAAAAGCCGUUGCCAUGAACAACGCACCUAUUGUAUUCCGCUUAUUUUUUGGAAAUAUAAAUAGAAGAUACCACAUGUCGUAUCAGCAGCCUUCGAGCGAAAGGCUCAGGUCUGCUCCACUUUGUAUUUUGUAUCAGUGAAGGGCUCAGGCCUAGCUGAGAGAGCACGUCGUCCUGGCCCCAUAAGCCUAGAGUGAAACGCUCAGGUAUGGCCGACGAUGUCCCCAGGACGAGGGGCCCGCAAACAGCCCGCGUCUUGAAAUGGGAAGUUCACUGCGUCGUCCACGCGCCAGAUCGCAGGACGACAGGCCUGAAAUCAUGGCCGAGGUGGCAAAAUCCCCCCACUCAGGGUUGGGCAACGGCAGCCGUUGGAAACCAACCAAAAGUCUAGCCCGCGUCAUAAAUAGACGACGGGACCCCCCUGAGAUCAUGGAUGAUAUAAGCGAAGUCCGAACCGGCCGAAGGACGAGCACACCCUUCGGCCGAAGCCUGAAAGAAGGAUACUCCCCGAAAUAGGGAACGGAAGCGGAAAUAAAAAAAAAGGAAAAAGAAAAAAUAAAAGAGGGAAGCCGAGGAUCGCGCGCACUUGCCGGCCUCGAGCAAUGAAAAAUGAAAUCCCCACAACAAUACUAAGUACAUAUCAGGCAAAUACUAGACGAGCGCCCAGCGCCGUCCCUCAUCGUAGACGAGUGCCCAGCGCCGUCCAUCAUUCUUAGAUGAGCGCCCAGCGCCGUCCCUCAUUUUCAGAUGAGCGCCCAGCGCCGUCCUUCAUCUUAAACGAGCGCCCAGCGCCGUCCCUCAUCUUAGACGAGCGCCCAGCGCCGUCCCUCAUCUUAGACGAGCGCCCUGCGCCGUCCUUCAUUCUUAGACGAGCGCCCAGCGCCGUCCCUCAUCUUAGACGAGCGCCCAGCGCCGUCCCUCAUCUUAGACGAGCGCCCUGCGCCGUCCUUCAUUCUUAGACGAGCGCCCAGCGCCGUCCCUCAUCUUAGACGAGCGCCCUGCGCCGUCCUUCAUUCUUAGACGAGCGCCCAGCGUCGUCCCUCAUCUUAGACGAGCGCCCAGCGCCGUCCAUCAUCUUAGACGAGCGCCCAGCGCCGUCCUCCAUUUGUAGACGAGCGCCCAACGCCGUCCCUCAUUUUCAGACGAGCGCCCAGUGUCGUCCUUCAUCUUAGACGAGCGCCCAGCGCCGUCCCUCAUCUUAGACGAGCACCCUGCACCGUCCUUCAUUCUUAGAAGAGCGCCCAGCGCCGUCCCUCAUUUUCAGACGAGUGCCCAGCGCCGUCCUUCAUUCUUAGACGAGCGCCCAGCGCCGUCCCUCAUCUUAGACGAGCGCCCUGCGUCGUCCUUCAUUCUUAGACGAGCACCUAGCGCCGUCCCUCAUCUUAGACGAGUGCCCAGCGCCGUCCCUCAUCUUAGACGAGCGCCCUGCGCCGUCCUUCAUUCUUAGACGAGCGCCCUGCGCCGUCCUUCAUUCUUAGACGAGCGCCCAGCGCCGUCGUCCAUCAUCUUAGAUGAGCGCCCAGCGCCGUCCAUCAUCUUAGACGAGUGCCCAGCGCCGUCCUCCAUUUGUAGACGAACGCCCAGCGCCGUCCCUCAUUUUCAGACGAGCGCCCAGCGCCGUCCUUCAUUCUUAGACGAGCGCCCAACGCCGUCCCUCAUCUUAGACGAGCGCUCAGCGCCGUCCUUCAUUCUUAGACGAGCGCCCAGCGCCGUCCGUCAUUUUUUAGACGAGCGCCCAGCGCCGUCCCUCAUUCUUAGACGAGCGCCCAGCGCCGUCCCUCAUGUUUUAGACGAGCGCCCAGCGCCGUCCCUCAUUUUCAGACGAGCGCCCAGCGCCGUCCCUCAUUUUCAGACGAGCGCCCAGCGCCGUCCAUCAUCUCAGACGAGCGCCCAGCGCCGUCCAUCAUCUCAGACGAGCGCCCAGCGCCGUCCAUCAUCUCAGACGAGCGCCCAGCGCCGUCCAUCAUCUCAGACGAGCGCCCAGCGCCGUCCAUCAUCUCAAGAUCGGCUUCCUCAGCGCCACGAGUCUUGAGCCAGCGAUCGGGCUCGCCAUCCCUUCCCGGAUGGUGACCAUCGCCUUUAUAUGACGAUCGGCUUCAUCAGCGCCUCGUCAUCAUAUUAUAGGACUAGCUCCUCAUCGCCGUUGUCCUCACAUCACGACCGGCCCCUCGGCCUCGGUGUGAUUAUCUAUCUCAAGACCAGCUUCCUCAGCGCCGCGAGUCUAGAGCCAGCGAUCGGGCUCACCAUCCCUUCCCGGAUGGUGACCAUCGCCUUUAUAUGAUGAUCGGCUUCAUCAGCGCCUCGUCAUCAUAUUAUAGGACCAACUCCUCAUCGCCGUUGUCCUCACAUCACGGCCGGCCCCUCGGCCUCAGCGUGAUUAUCUAUCUCAAGACCGGCUUCCUCAGCGCCGCAAGUCUUGAGCCAGCGAUCGGGCUCGCCAUCCCUUCCCGGAUGGUGACCAUCGCCUCUAUAUGACGAUCGGCUUCACCAUCGCCUCGUCAUCAUUAUUUGGACCGACUCCUCAUCGUCGUCGUCCUCAUAUCAUGACCGGCCCCUCGGCCUCGGCGUGAUCAUCUAUCUCAAGACCGGCUUCCUCAGCGCCGCGAGUCUUGAGCCAGCGAUCGGGCUCGCCAUCCCUUCCCGGAUGGUGACCAUCGCCUCUAUAUGACGAUCGGCUUCACCAUCGUCUCGUCAUCAUUAUUUGGAUCGACUCCUCAUCGUUUUCGUCCUCAUAUCACGACCGGCCCCCUCGGCCUCGACGUGAUUAUUUAUCUCGAGACCGGUCUUAGUCAUUUCUUUACCGAGUGACGACCGUUGCAUAGAUUUUUGGACCGACCCCUCAUCGCCGUCGUCCUCACAUCAUUCCCGGCCCCUCGGCCUCGGCGUGAUUAUCUAUCUCAAGACCGGCUUCCUCAGCGCCGAGAGUCUUGAGCUGGCGAUCGGGCUCACCAUCCCUUCCUGGAUGGUGACCGUUGCCUUUAUAUGACGAUUGGCCCAUCAUGGCCUCGUCAUCAUUUAUUGGAACGGCUCAUCAUCGCCGUCAUGCUCACAUCGCGGCAGACCCCUCGGUCUCAACGCGAUCUUGAGCUAGCGACUGGGCUCACCAUCCCUUCCUGGAUGGUGACCAUCGCCUCUAUCUGACGGCCGGCUCAUCAUUGCCCUGUCAUCAUAUUUCGGAUUGGCUCUUUUCAUCGCCAUCCGCGCAUCACGACCGGCCCCUCGGCCUCGGCGUGACUAUCUAUCUCAAGACCGGCUUCCUCAGCGCCGAGAGUCUUGAGCUAGCGGUCGGGCUCGCCAUCCCUUCCUGGAUGGUGACCAUCGCCCUUAUAUGACGAUUGGCUUCAUUCUUGCCUCGUCAUCAUAUUAUCGGAUCGGCUCAUCAUCUCCGUCCGCACAUCACGAUCGGCCCCUCGGCCUCGACGUGAUUAUCUAUCCCCAAGACUGGUCUCAGUCAUUCCUUCAUCGGAUGGCGACCGCUGCUUGGACUUUUGGAUCAGCCUCAUAGUGCUGACGACCUCGCAUCACGAUCGGCCCCUCGGCCACGGCGUCACACCCUAUCCCAACACCGGCUUCCUCAGCGCCGAGUGUGUUGGGCUAGCGAUCAGGCUCGCCAUCCCCUCCUGGAUGGUGACUAUCGCCUCUAUAUGAUGAUCGGCUCCAUCAUCGCCUCGUCAUCAUAUUUCGGACUGAUUCCUCAUCAUUGUCAUCCGCACAUCGCGAUCAGCCUCUCGGCCGCGACGUGAUUAUUUAUCUCAAGACCGGCUCCCAGCGCCGAAGUCUUGUUAUAGCGAUUGGCUCACCAUCCCUUCCCGGACGGCGGCCGUCGCUCCUAUAUGACGCACGGCUCAUCAUUGCCUCGUCCUCACAUUUAGACCGGCCCCAGCGCCGAAGUCCUUAUCUAGCGACCAGGCUCGCCAUUCCCUUCCUGGAUGGUGACCGUCGCCUUCAUACGACGCAUGGCUUAUCAUCGCCUCGUCCCCAUAUUCGGACUGGCUCACUAGCGCCAUCGUCCCCAUAUUCGGACCGGUUCGUCAGCGCUGUCGUCCUCAUAUUCGGACCGACUCAUCAGCGUCGUCGUCCUCAUAUUCAGACAGGUGUCCACCGCCUCGCCCCCUUAUUCAGAUACAGCGAACAUCUUGCGGUCUCCGGCCGAAAGGCUAAAGGAGCCCAGAGUUCAGCCAUAUAUCGCUCUGUCAUCUUUAUUUGAUGAUGAAGAGCUCAUUUGUAGGCCCAUCGGCCAUAUAUCGCUCUGUCAUCUUUAUUUGAUGAUGAAGAGCUCAUUUGUAGGCCCAUCGGCCAUAUAUCGCUCUGUCAUCUUUAUUUGAUGAUGAAGAGCUCAUUUGUAGGCCCAUCGGCCAUAUAUCGCUCUGUCAUCUUUAUUUGAUGAUGAAGAGCUCAUUUGUAGGCCCAUCGGCCAUAUAUCGCUCUGUCAUCUUUAUUUAAUGACGAAGGGCUCAUCUACAGGACCAUCGGCCAUAUAUCGUUCUGUCAUCUUUAUUUGAUAAUGAGGAACUCAUUUGUAGGCCUCUGAGCCACAUCUUGCUGCGUCAUCUUUAUUUGAUGACGCGAAGCUCAGUUGCAGGCCCAUCGGGCAUAUAUCGCCUCGUCAUCUUUAUUUGAUGACGUGAAGCUCAUUUACAGGCCCAUCGGCCAUAUCUCGCUCUGUCAUCUUUAUUUGAUGACAUGGCGCUCUCAUAUAGGCCUCUCUCAGCCAUACAUCACCCCGUCAUCUUUAUUUGACGACGUGGAGCUCUUAUGCAGGCCCCUCGGCCACACCAUCGCCCCGUCGUCUUUAUUUGACGACGUGGAGCUCUUAUGCAGGCCCCUCGGCCGCACCAUCGCCCCGUCGUCUUUAUUUGACGACGUGGAACUCUUAUGCAGGCCCCUCGGCCGCACCAUCGCCCCGACGUCUUUAUUUGACGACGUGGAGCUCUUAUGCAGGCCCCUCGGCCACACCAUCGCCCCGUCGUCUUUAUUUGACGACGUGGAGCUCUUAUGCAGGCCCCUCGGCCGCACCAUCGCCCCGUCGUCUUUAUUUGACGACGUGGAGCUCUUAUGCAGGCCCCUCGGCCGCACACAUCGCCCAAUCGUCUUUAUUUGACGACGUGGAGCUCUCGUAUAGGCCUCUCGGCCCAUCGGCCUUACGUUCUGGUCAUCUUUAUUUGAUGAACCAGGCAUCAUAUUGUGGACGGUCGCUCGACCCAUCCCUUAGUCAUCUUUAUUUGAUGACUAGGACUACUGAUCAUGAUGAGCUACCCACAUCUGGAGAUCGGCCUCGACCAUCCAGCAGACGGGCACCGCUGCAGCUCCAUCUCCAGGCCGAAGGGCUCGCACCUUUUGUUUCAUUUUGGGGGCAUCCGGUGUACUCUUUUUCCCUCAUUAGGAUUUUUUCCCACAGGGUUUUUCCUAAUGAGGUUUUUAACGAGGCAUCUCCCCAUCGUGGAUCAAAAGGUGUCAACCCUCGGCCCCCUGUUGAAGACAUCAUCCGACACUCAUUACUCUACUCCUCUUCACCUCAUUACACUCGCCUCAAGGAGUGGGGGACUGGAAGAGCGGGGGACUUAGCGCCUCCGUUAACCAAAGAAGCAGAAAUUCAAAUUUUUGUCCACGAAGUUUACUCACCAGACGGCGACAGAUCAGCACACAGUUCUACUCUCUUUCGCCUCGAAUACUCUCGACUCAGAGAGUGGGGGACUCCUGAUAGAGUAUAUAGACUCGGACUCCCGGGUCUCACGACUAUUGGGCCCGGACAGCGGCAAACACACAUCUUACGGAUAUCAUUUGUAUUAAUGUACUGCUUAUAUGUCAUUUGUAUACUAGAUUAGUCUUUUAUGUAGUUGGGCUACCGGGCCCAUAUUGGCGGCCCGACCCGUUAUUCCUCUAUUUAUACUCCUUUUGGAGCUUGUAAACCCCAGAUCUAAAUUCAUUAUCAUUCUAUUAUUC